AGCCCAGUAUUACUGUCCAGCACUAACGUCUUACUUUCCUCAGUUUAGGAUAAGAUAUGGUUAUAGAGAAAUUGUUAAGCACGCUUCCUGUAUCCCCCUUUUUCCUCAUAGCCCUGGUUAUUGCUUACGGCUUGCUGUCAUUCAGAAUCAAUCAGAAGAAAUACCAUCACAUACCAGGACCACAGCCAUGGCCCAUCAUUGGAAACUUUUUAGAUAUAAAGCCCUACCUAACUGGAGCUCUGACAGUACAGGAUUGCUUUUUAAAAUGGUCGAUUCAGUUUGGGUCGCUGUAUAAGCUUUGGAUCGGCAACAAACCCUGGAUACUGGUAUCCGAGCCGGAGUACGUGAAGGAGAUACUGUGCGGCAAAAACUUCCCUAAAGAUCCUACUUACUACAGCCCUAUUGGGACACUCUAUGGUCAGAGGUUUGCUGGUGGUGGCAGUGCAAUACAAACCAACCCGGUAAAGUAUGAUCAACAGAAGAAGAUAACCAACAUGGCUUAUCACAAGAAAUAUCUUCCCAAGCACUGUCGGGCUACCUUAUCGGUAGCAGGAAGAUGGAUGACAGCAUUAGAAGACGAAUCCGAGUGGUUCCCAAUCUGUGAUAAACUCGACAGUCUCUCUACCACCGCUCUCUGUAAGAUUGCUUUUGACAUGGACGUUCCUUUUGACUACAAUGGUGACGAGGCAGCAGUUUACCAGAUGGUCAAUACUUGUUUUGAUGGGAUAAAAGACAAACUCUUCAACCCUUUAGGCUGCACGCUGCACUUUAAGAAAGUAGAGAGAGUUAGAAAAGCUGCCAAAGCUUUGAGAGAAGUCGGAGAAAACUUUAUCAGAGGAACUUACGAUAAGAUCCGGAACGGAGACAAAUUGCCUGAUGCCAUGUUCAGCUACGUUCUCCAGGAAAUUCACGAAGCCGGCGGCUCCUUUUCGCUGGAGGAGAUAAUUGACGAAUUCGUCGUCCAAUUCAUAGCAGGCUCGGAAACUACCUCCAAUUUAAUGAAGUUUCUGUUAAUGGAAGUGACAAAGAAUCCUCAUAUUUACGAGAGGUUGCAAGAGGAGAUCGAUAGUGUCAUGUCCAGGACAACAGCUGAAACCUUCUACACAGAUCUCAGCGAAAUGACAUAUCUGGAGCAGAUCAUGCAGGAAAGUCUCAGAAUGUACCCUGUUGCUGCGGCGACCACCCGAACUAAUCACGUAGAUACCAUGCUCGGCAAGACUCUCAUACCUGCUGGAUCAACUAUCAUGGUGUGCUUUCACGUUCUACACAGACAUCCCAGCCACUUCGACAGACCAAACACCUUCGAUCCGGACAGAUGGGCUAAAGGGCAGCCAGCACCGAUGCCGUUCACUUUCCUCCCGUUCUCUAGCGGACAGCGCGGUUGCACAGGCAAGCACCUGGCUAGACUAGAAUGUAAGAUCAUGGUUGCAAGCCUCCUUUACCACUACAACUUAGAAUGUCAUCCUGACCAGAACUAUGAGGUGACUACCACCCUCUCAUCCCGGCCCAAAUACAAAGUCUACAUGAAGAUGACCAGUCGACGAAAACCUAGGACUCUGUUCGAGCAGUUAGACGACUUUGCCCCGACGACAAGGUGAGCAGACCACGGGAGACACAGCAAUUCAGAUCAUACACUGCUCGACUAAAAGUUGCAGAAGAACCCUCUAGCAGAACCUGCUCGAGAUUAGAACAACAUAUCAGCUCGCGGGUCUAGAACAAUCUAGCCUUAAAACAACCCUGCUCUAGAACAACCUUUUAAAGCCUAGAACAAUGUAGUGCCUCUUAAAUGGCCUGGCCGCUUCUUGAUAUCUUUGGAACAGCCUACUUGAGCCCGACUGUACAUAAAACCGUUUCGAUUGUUUGAUAAUUUGAUAUUUAAGUGUUAAAUAAGCUAACAUUUUCUGAAUGUUUGUGUUUUGAGAAUAUGUGGUGUUAGGAGGACUGAAGAAAGAAAAGUAGUUUGUAGUCUCUGACGUAUCAUAGUGUAACAUCUCAGUGUAACAGUGUUACGGUGUUACAGUGUUACAUUGUCACGGUGUUACAUUGUCACGGUGUUACAUUGUCACAGAAUCAUGAACAAUGGAAUUAGAAUCAGGCAGCACCCCAUAUGAUUAUCAACAGCUGAAUGAAAAUAUAAAGACUUCAUUUAUAAAGAGCUGUCUUCUAACAGACUGAAUUAGGAGCUGAUUUUGCUGUUUUUUGUAUUUGUGGAAGUGUUUAAGUCAUUAGGGACUAUAAGAUAAAAUAUUUGAAUCAAUAGGUCGAGACGUCCCUCCCCUAAACGCCUGAAAACUCCAGAUUUGUAUAGACUUUUUAUAGACUUUUGUAAGGUCAUAAUCUUAGUUUUGUCUAACUUGAGAGGACAAUGAAAUAUUUGUAUAUUAGUGGCACAGUGAAACACCCAGAUUUGAUGGAUUCGAUAACAUUUCAACUCCUCAAUCUGUAUGAAUAUGAUGGUACAUCAUAACCACAAAUUAGGCUUUGACCACUUAGCUUUUUAUAGCCUGAAUUUAUAUUCUAGGUUUAAAAACGCUGCUGAAAAGGGAUAUUGUUAUAUCACCGUGUUACGCUCUUGUAGAAAAAAUUGUAAGCUGGUAUCAGCUAAAGAAUAGUGCCAUCUGCUUUCAUCUCUUGAAGUGAACCCCAAGUUUCAAUAGGAGGAAAGGUUUAAAAGAUAUUCGAUAAUGUACUGAGGUACGAUGAGGUAGUUUGAGAGAUGUUUAAAUCGGAUGGCUCUGUUUGAAAACCUUGUUACUUUGUAUUCUGCCGGAACGUUGUAAAUGUUUUGGUGAAAGCACCAUCCACUCUGCGAUGAACAAAUCAAAAUUAGAAAUAGACCACUCCGGCGACUCAGACAUGCUGUAAACGAUGAUUCUUUAACUUCACUAUAUUCACAAUAAAUAACUAAAUUGGAAGUUCAUCUGAGCAGGUCUGGGUUGCCUAGAUGCACUGAAUUGAAUCAAGUUGUAUUUUGUGUACAGGAUUUAUUGCAAUGAUUUUCAAAAUUUUACUCCUGUUC